AUGGCGCUUUCGGCCUCCGACGUGCCGGCGAUGUACUCUCUGCUUGCGAAUUCCAUGAGCGCCGAUCACCGCCUCCGCGCUCCGGCGGAGGACGCCCUUGCGCAAUCGGAGUCCAGGCCUGGCUUCUGCUCGUGCCUCCUCGAAGUGAUUACCGCGAAGGAUUUGGCGUCGCAAACGGAUGUGCGCAUGAUGGCCACCGUGUAUUUUAAGAACAGCGUCAACCGCUACUGGCGCCACCGCCGCGAUUCCUCGGGAAUUAGCAACGAGGAGAAAAUGCACCUGAGGCAGAAGUUGUUGAUGUACUUGAGAGAAGAGAAUGAUCAGUUACUUCGGUUCUGGAAAUGGUCAUUCUUGUCAGUGAUGGGUCGAGAUUCAUAUUGUUCAAUUUGCAUGGGUUCUAACUUCUACGCUGUUCCAUUUCCACCGCAACAUAUUUUCCGAUUUGAUACUUUGUCAAUUAUCAUGGUUUUGGUUAGACUUCAUGGUAAAAUGACAGUCAUCCUUCACACCACCCUGCUUUUUGAAGGCUUUUUAAUAGCUCUGAUGCUGGCAGUGCUCAUCUCCAAAAUCGCUCGUAUUGAUUAUCCCAAAGAAUGGCCAGACAUCUUUUUGGUUUUAUCCCAACAACUUCAAUCAACAGAUGUUCUAGCUUCCCAUCGAAUCUUUUUAAUUCUAUUUAGGACCUUAAAGGAGUUGUCCACAAAACGCCUUACAUCAGACCAACGCAACUUUGCCGAGGUAUUUGAAGGCUCUAUGGCUCGAUACAUUAAACUUUUGAGGAGGCAGUAUCGCCACUCUCCCUUCAAAGGUUGUCCCAACUAUCUAGUAAGCCAGAAUGAAUGCUUCACCUUUUUGCCUCAAAAUUUCGCAUCUGAUUACAUAAUAUCGUCUCAUUUCUUUGAUUAUAGCUGGCGCCUUUGGCAAAGUGAUGUGCAAACAAUACUGCAUGGUUUUUCAUCUCUCUCUCAAAGCUCUAAUGUAAAUGCUGAAGAUCAGCCUCAUGAACUUUAUCUUAAGUGUGAGCGAUGGUUGUUAUGUUCAAAGAUUGUGCGGCAAUUGAUUAUUUCAGGAUUUCAAAGUGAUUCAAAGUGUUUUCAGGAGGUUCGGCUAGUCAAGGAAGUCUCACCUGUGUUCUUGACUGCCAUUCAAUCACUCCUUCCAUACUAUUCAUCUUUUCAAAAGCAAUAUCCCAAAUUUUGGGACUUCUUAAAGAGGGCAUGUACCAAAUUGAUGAAAAUUUUAGUUGCCUUUCAGGGAAAACAUCCUUAUUCAUUUGGUGAUAAAUUUGUACUUUCAUCAGUCAUGGACUUUUGUUUGAAUAGGAUAACAGAUCCUGAGCCUUAUCUAUUGUCGUUUGAGCAAUUUCUCAUUCAGUGUAUGGUGAUGAUUAAAAAUAUUCUGGAAUGUAAAGAGUACAAGCCAAGUCUUACUGGUAGGGUGAUGGAUGAAAAUGGAGUUACACUGGAGCUGAUGAAGAAAAACAUUUCUAGUGCAGUUGGUGGUGUGUUAACAUCCCUUCUCCCCACUGAAAGAAUAGUCCACUUGUGUAAUGUAUUGAUAUCAAGGUAUUUUGUUCUGACAGCAAGUGAUAUGGAAGAGUGGUAUCGUAACCCUGAGUCUUUUCACCAUGAGCAGGAUAUGGUUCAGUGGACAGAAAAAUUGAGGCCAUGUGCUGAAGCUCUGUACAUUGUAUUGUUUGAAACUAAUAGCCAAUUGCUAGGUCCUGUUGUAGUUUCUCUUCUUCAAGAGAGUAUGAAUAAUUGUCCAACUUCAGUGACAGAAAUUACUCCUGCUUUGCUUCUUAAAGAUGCUGCUUAUGGUGCAACGGCAUAUGUUUAUUAUGAACUCUCAAACUACCUGAGCUUUAAAGACUGUUUUGUUGUGUCUGAACUUUGGUAUACAAAUUUCUACUCAAGAAAUCAUGAAGCCCCAAUCACUGGUGAUGGAACUUUGCACAAAGUUUCCUCUUGCGAUGUACUAUCCAUUGAUUGCUUGUUUAAUGGUGCUCUAUCACUGGAACUCUCAAAUGAACAUCCAAAUUUGCGUAUCAUUCAUCGUAAAGUGGCUAUAAUUUUGGGACAGUGGGUUUCUGAGAUCAAGGAUGAUACAAAAAGGCCUGUAUACUGUGCUUUAAUCAGAUUGUUAAAGGGUAAAGAUUUGUCUGUAAGGCUGGCAGCAUGUCGUUCACUAUGCUUACAUAUUGAGGAUGCAAACUUUUCAGAGAGGGAGUUUGUUGAUCUUCUCCCUAUCUGUUGGGACUCAUGUUUUAAGUUGUUUGAGGAAGUUCAGGAAUUUGAUUCAAAGGUAUUGAAGGGAAUAGGUCUCCUUGGUUGGGAGAUUAAAACAAGUGGACCUAGCCUGUCAUAUGACACCACCCAAAUAUGCUGCAGUGUUCAGGUUUUGAAUUUGAUCUCUAUCCUAAUCGGACAUGUUAGUGAAGUUAUUCCAUUUGCAAACAAAUUGGUGCAAUUUUUUCGGAAGGUCUGGGAGGAAUCUUCUGGUGAAAGUCUGCUGCAGAUACAACUUCUGGUUGCUUUGAGAAACUUUGUGGUUGCACUUGGUUACCAGUCACCUAUGUGCUACAGUAUACUGCUGCCCAUUCUGGAGAAUGGGAUUGAUAUUAAUAGUCCAGAUGAACUCAAUCUCCUAGAAGAUAGCAUGCUGUUAUGGGAGGCCACACUUUCUCACGCACCAUCAAUGGUGCCUCAAUUGUUACAAUAUUUUUCACGCCUUGUGGAGAUUAUGGAAAGAAAUUUUGACCAUUUACAGGUUGCUGUGAACAUAAUUGAAGAUUACAUAAUUUUGGGUGGAAAUGACUUUCUUAGCAUGCAUGCAACAAAUAUUUCUAAAAUUCUUGAUUUAGUUAUUGGAAAUGUCAAUGACAAAGGCCUUAUUUCAGUUCUUCCUGUGGUUGACAUCUUAAUACAGUGUUUCCCCAUGGAAGUGCCGCCACUUAUUAGCAGCACUUUACAAAAGUUAAUUGUAAUUUGUUUGAGUGGAGGAGAUGACCACGAUCCUUCUAAAACAUCUGUUAAAGCAUCUUCUGCUGCCAUCCUGGCUAGGCUUUUGGUCAUGAAUACAAACUCACUUGCCCAAUUAGCAUCAGAUCCAUCAACUUCUCUACUGCUUCAGACAGCAUCCAUCCCAGUUCAAGAAAAUAUACUUCUUUGUCUGGUUGACAUUUGGGUUGAUAAGGUUGAUAAUGUUUCUUCCAUCCAGAAGAAGACAAUUGGUUUAGCCCUCUCAAUAAUUCUGACAUUAAGAUUGCCUCAAGUACUUGACAAACUGGAUCAAAUUUUGAGUGUUUGCACUAGUGUGAUUCUCGGUAGAAAUGAUGACUUAACUGAGGAAGAGUCCAGUGGUGAUAUGAGCUCCAGUGCAUCUCCUGAUGAAGACACUAUUCCUAGUAAAGAAUUCAGAAAAAGACAGAUCAAAUUUUCUGAUCGGAUCAAUCAGUUGUCUCUUGAGGACUGCGUGAGAGAAAAGCUACAAACAUGUGCUGCUAUUCAUGGAGAAUCAUUUAAUGCUGCAAUGAGCAAUAUGCAUCCAUCUGCAUUUGCACAAUUGAAGCAGGCGCUGAAGAUGCCAUAA